AUGGCACCAAUCGCGGUGCUUGUCGCAUCGGCCUUUAUCCUGCACUUGGUAUGGCGUUUGGUACGAAACCACUUCGUGAAAUCUCCAUUGGACGUGAUCCCGGGCCCUCCUUCUCGGUCAAUCUUCGGAGGGAAUCUGGCUCAGUUGCUGGAACACAACAGUUGGGAUUUCCACGAUCACCUUAUUUAUACUUACGGGCCCGUGGCCAAGAUUCAUGGCUUCUUUAACGCAAAUUGGCUUCACGUGUACGAUCCGAAGGCACUGCAUAGCAUCUUUCUGAAGGACCAAGACAGCUAUUAUCGAGGUGAGCAGGCGGUCCACGUUGUCGAUCUUCUGCUGGGCCCGGGCUUGCUCGCGAAGUAUGGCGCUGCGCACAAGAAGCAGCGCAAGAUGCUGAACCCCGUGUUCUCCGGAGCUCACAUGCGUAACCUCACACCGCUUUUCUACGACGUCACCCAAAAGCUUCGAAUAGCCAUCGAGACUCGCGUGAAGGACGGUCCCCGAGACCUCGACGUCCUUGGGUGGAUGGGACGUACAGCGCUCGAGCUUGUUGGACAAGGAGGUCUGGGUUAUUCCUUCGAUCCUCUGAUCGAAGAGUCCCGCGAUGAGCUCACGGAGGCAGUCAAGGCAUUCGCCCCCGCUAUCAAUGACGUGUCGUGGAUUCGCGCAAUCGCUCCCUAUCUCUCAUAUCUCGGCCCAGCCUGGUUCCGUCGUAUCCUCCUUGACCUCGUCCCGAAUAAGAAGGUUCAGCGCUUGAGAAAUGUCGUAGACAUCAUGUCCAAACGAUCGGAGGAGAUAUACCACGCGAAGAAAGCCUCGAUUGAGAAGGGUGACGCUGAUCUCCUGAACUCAGUCGGAGAAGGAAAGGACGUCAUGAGCGUUUUGCUGAGAGAAAACAUCAAGGCGUCCGCCGAGGACAGACUUCCCGAGGAGGAAGUUCUCGGUCAGAUGGGGACGUUCAUUUUCGCUGGUGUUGAUACCACUUCGAACGCCCUCUCCCGCGUCUUGCACCUGCUUGCCCAGAACCAGGACGUGCAAGCCAAGCUCCGCGCUGAGCUUCACGCCGCUCAAGAGCAGUAUGGCGGGGACAUCCCUUACGACGAACUCGGCGCUUUGCCAUACCUCGAUGCCGUGUGUCGCGAAACGCUCCGUCUGUGGGCUCCAGUGAAUUUCGUAAGCAGACAAGCAAAGACCGAUACUGUCCUGCCGCUAUCUCAACCUUUGCGUUGCGCCGAUGGGUCGGUCAUCACUGAGAUUCCGAUACCGAAAGGAACAAUUUUCCUCUGCAACCUGCGUGCAUGUAACACGUGGAAGGAGCUGUGGGGUGAGGACGCCAGGGAGUGGAAGCCGGAGAGAUGGCUUGAGCCUCUGCCUAAGGCCGUGGAGGAUGCACAUAUUCCAGGCAUCUACGCCAACCUGGUCACGUUCAUCAGCGGUGGCCACUCUUGCAUCGGUUUCAAGUUCUCGCAACUGGAAAUGAAGGUCGUCCUUUCCACGCUGGUGUCUAGCUUCAACUUCGAGAUCUCCGAGAAGCCGAUCGUCUGGAACUACGCAGGCAUCGCAUACCCGACGACCGAUCACGAGUCGUCCAGGCCGGAGAUGACUCUGAAGGUCAGCCUUGUGUCCCGGUAG